UCGUCUGGCGCAUUUGGUUUUGGACGCCAGAAGCCCAGCCGCAGCCUUGAAAAAGUACAUAGGGCCUACUUGCAGCUAGUAGAUAAAUACUCCGACAUUUGCGUCGAGGUAAGCUCUUCCAUUUUUUAGUUUUUUGGUAAUUAAAUUAUGGCCCGAAGAAGAGGCCAAACGAACUGGACAUACCUUGACGAUGAUCUCAAAUACUCGAGAGAUCACGUACUUGGUCAGGGGGCUUUCGGUUCCGUUCAUCUCGGCCGUUUCCGUGGAAACAAAGUGGCUAUUAAGAAAAUUCAGCUACACACAACGUCCAACGACGAACGCGAAAUUCGUUUGCAAGGGAAGCUGAAACACAGACAUGUUUUACCAAUCAUAACAGCAACAGAGGAUAAAGACUUUAGGUACAUCGUCCUGGAACUGUGUGUUGGGACACUUGGAAAUGUUAUCGAAGAAAAUUAUGAGGGGCCUCAACUGCCGUCUGAUCUUGAGAUUUUCUACCAAAUAGCCGAUGGUCUCGACUACAUCCACUCGAAUAAACUUAUCCAUCGCGACAUCAAACCUGAUAAUAUUUUAAUUUCGCGGGAUGGCUUCGUGAAAUUGUCGGAUUUCGGUCUGAGCAAGCCGGUCAGCGACCGGGGAACGUGUUCCAUUAGUGCUGGACUUAAAGGCACUCUGUUGUGGAUGGCGCCGGAAAUGCGCGGUAAUACGGAACGUGUCAGAGCGACGCCGAUGAGCGACGUUUUCCCGUGCGGAUGCGUCUUUUUCGUAUACCACUCGCGGAAUAUGAACGGCGGAAUCCAUCCGUUUGGCGAUAAGAAAGACCCUAACAAGAUCCAGCUCAAUAUCGUCCAGUAUAAUCCAGUUAACAUCAACAAGUUAAAUCCUGGAUGCAUUGAGUAUACUCUAAUCGAACCAAUGAUUCGACAUGACCCAAGGAAUCGAGCAACUCCAGCGCAAGUGAAACAGGCGAUCUGCCAAUAUGUCCAAUCUGCCCGUCGGCGUCAGAACGGCUGUCCACCCCAACAGAAUGGAGGAAUGCAUGCUGCUGGAACUUCAUCAGCAGCUAACCAUCACCAACCAAAUUAUUCCGGCGGACCCUGCUACUCGUACUACCCUCAACAGCAACCAGCACAUCCGGCUGUUGGCAAUUCCAUGUACCCUGGCGGGCCUCCUGUGGGCUUUAACCCGAGUGUCAUGAGUGGAACUCCGUACCAAGGAAGCUUUAACGGCUAUCCAGGUGGAAAUCCGGUUGGUAUCCUGCCCCCUUGUCCAGGAGGAUCAUCGUUUGGUGGCUAUGGUCAACAACAACCGCAGCAGCAGCCGGUAUACGGAACUCAAGGCGGGCGGCAUCCGAUGGAUUACGUCUCUCAUAACGACCAGCGAUUUAAUCGCCAUCAGCAAGAAUACGCCCGUGCCUGUCAACAGGAGCUUCAAGACAACCGUGCAAUGGAACAUUUGUUAAGGAAGAUGGUGGAGAAGAUAGAGAAAAAGUUGCAGUCAGAUCCGCCAGAUUCUUCUUGUUCGGAUGAUUCAGGGGAUAGUGAUGACUGCAACUAGUAACGUUAUUGUAACAAUUCCCUUUUGUGACUCAUUCAUGCGCAUAUUAAGAUACACUGAAUCAAAUGUAGACUUAAUAGAGAGAUGGUAUAUAUACACUGUAUAAAAUAA